AUGACUUUCUACUUUUUCAUCGCCCUGGGCGCAGACGCCCCUCCUCUCCAGGUCUACCACUUCGAGCACGGAGAUACUUGGGUCGCCAUCGGCGGCUGCUACGAGGAUCUACUGCAGAGCCCCCGCGCGGAACGCCUGCUGCGCCCCGAGGACCGCGAGGACGGCCCCGGACCACGCUGGAUAGUCAUCCCUUUCCUCUGGCGCCCAUACGGACCCUCCACCGUCAUCUCGAGCCGCGAUCCGGUGGCGCCCCUCCUCUGGAAGCCUGAUAUCCCCGACCUCCUGACGAACCGCGAGGGCAGCCGCAUCGCGGCGGAUAGGAUUCAACAAAUGAUGGACGCCGCCCGCGCUUUCGUGCAGAUCGCCGAGCGACUGCGCGAUUCAGCACCACCCGCCUUCUUCCUCCGCGACGGCGCGCGCAUCAAGCCGACCGACGUAGACUUCCUGAGCAUCCAGGGACGAGGCGAAGCCGACUGGAUCCUCGAACGCGCGCGCGAAUUCAACACGGCGGCGAUGGACCACGUCUCCUUCACUGCAUGGUUCACCCUCAACUUCCGCGGCUGGGAGGAAGUCCUGUCGCCCGAGCAGCUGGAGGUGGUGCGUGCCUGCCAGUUCAAGGAUCGCCCCAAGAAGGGGUGUCUUCUUAACCUCCUAGUCGACUACCCUCUCGUCAACUUCGAGCGUUGGAUUAAGCACAAGGUGCCCAUAUACUACAUCUUCACGGAGGCCAUGUACUACCUCGACCGCUUCGUGCGCGUUCGCCCGGACAUCAUCCAGGACUAUUGGGAAAGGAGGCAGUGUCAGAACACGGAGGAGGACCUUAAGGACUUCUACUGUCUGGUGGAGCCGGCGACGAUCGAGUACGACGACUUCUUCCAACAACGCCUGCAGCGACGAACCUUAGUCGACACCCCUCGCUUCCACUACCGGCCGCAAGUCAUGUACUCGGUACAGAUCUGCCAGGGGUACCGCCCGUACAUCGUUCACAACCCUACCCUCGCCAAACUCCUUCUCGAGCGCUACGAGGCGAUCAACAGACCUGAGACGCCGGGCAGGAUCCGGAUGGCGCGCUGGGCCGCCCGCGAGCCUUACCGGGGGCCGGAGGACGAGAGAGAAUUCACGAUGGACCCUGGCACGACGGGGCUACCCUCCGACCUCCCCUUUGCCGAUAAGUCGUUUGACCGCGACUCGCAAUGGGUCGAGAACGACUACCUGACCUUGCGCGAGCUCUUCAAACUGUCAUUCGCGCCACGGCCCGGCGAGGCCUACAAUAUUGAAGGAGGACGGUCGGCCUUCCCUUUGGAAGAAGGGGGUGGUUUGAAGGAGUUCGAGAAGGAGCUCGUCGCACGCGCGGUGUAUGAAGGGAAGAAGCGCCCCGAGGAGUACCUGGAGUUCCACGACUGGGAGAUCGGAUGGGGAGGGCAAGUCGAAUGGAUGCUGUCCAUCGCCCAGACCGCUUCAGCGGUAUCCGACGACGCAGAGAUGGGCGACCCCCGUCCACUCGAGGAAGGAGAGCUGACCGACGACAGCCACGGGUCCAGCUCCGAGUCGGACGAGUUCACGACCGCUCCUCUGAGCAGGCCUUCGCUCGGACAGCGCAUCACGGACCCCACGACAGGCGAGCCAGUAUGGCAAAGAGGGCUCGCCGCGCGGUUGUCGUCCCCGAGCGAGGUCGAUAGGCGCCGGGGAAGGCGCACGCGGUGGGACGACGAGAGCUCCGAGGGAGAAGGAACCCCCGCCAGCAGUGUCGCCUCGUCCGGGCGAGUCUGGCAGACGGAGAGGCGGAGUGCGUCUCCAGUACGAACGUCGCGCCUCGCCGACCCGGGACGGACCUCCAGCAAGGUGUACAGCGAAGGGCACACGCGCUGGAAGGAGGUUGAGGAGGGCUUCUGGAGACAGCUGGACGAACUAGCCAACCGCAUGACCAUGCCCCGAGGACCUUACGUGCGCGACGACGUACGACGACCAAGGAUCGAUUGGAGCGACGACUUCGUGGCGCGCGGACUCCUACAUGUGCACGGCUGGGAGGACCGCGUUCGCCUGCUCCUCUACACCAUCUACCACCGGUCCCUCCGUACGCCAGUCCACGUGCUCGACUUCGUCGUGGAGAAGGGGAUGAAGGUUUCCUUCCUCGUGCCUCGCGAUCCGGUGCCGACGCUGGCGCAGAUCGGCUCGCGCAACCCUCCCUCGUCAACGCUCUUUUCCCCGCUGUCGGGAAGAACACCGAGGGAAGUAUUCCGCAUCUGGGAGAGUCAGUUACAAGGUCCUGCCUGGGCGAAGACGCACUUCGCCGCUUUCCUAGCCGAGGGGGGCACCAUCGCGUAUCUCGUGCGGCACUACGCGAAGGACUACCUCGACUGCGCAGGGUCGGGGGUGAGCCCGGAGAGCCGAGCCUACACGCUCAAUAGCUUUCCCCUCCCCGUUAGCUGCAAGCUCGGCGGCAACUACUUCGUGGUGCGAGACGUCGCUGGAGAUACGGAGCUGGAGGCUAUCGGGGGGCAGGUCGCCAACUCCCGCGACGAGAUGAACCCGUACUACGUCGUUCCCCCGACAGCGACCUUCGACUCUCCGGAAUGGAUCAUCGGCACGGGCGAAUGGGGCGAAGCGGAGGAGGCGUACCUCAACGAGGUCCUGCACCGUUGGAAGACCGGGAAGGAGACGAAGCUGAGGACCGCGGUACAAUGGGCGAAGCACGCCGGCGUCUGGGCGCACGCUUACAAGCAACGCCGGCCGGAGGAAGCUAAGCGCGAGCGUGUCCCGAGCGGCAGCGAAUGCGAGGAGUGGUGCAAGAAGUUGGAGGAGGCUUUCGGCGUAUCCCUCGAGUUCCGCAAGGUCGCUGACUUGGUCAAACCACUCAAGGCCAAGAACCUGCGACAGUUCCGCUGA